CCGCCGGACAAAGCCCGAGAGCCCGCGCCCAGAGCCAUGUCCUCGUCCGCCGGUAGCGGCCACCAGCCCAGCCAGAGCCGUGCCAUCCCCACCCGCACCGUGCCCAUCAGCGACGCCGCGCAGCUACCUCAUGACUAUUGCACCACGCCCGGGGGGACGCUCUUCUCCACCACACCGGGAGGAACCCGAAUCAUUUAUGAUCGAAAGUUUCUGUUGGAUCGUCGCAAUUCUCCCAUGGCUCAGACCCCACCCUGCCAUCUGCCCAAUAUCCCAGGAGUCACCAGUCCUGGCACCUUAAUUGAAGACUCCAAAGUAGAAGUAAACAAUUUGAACAACUUGAACAAUCAUGACAGGAAGCAUGCAGUUGGGGAUGAUGCUCAGUUUGAGAUGGACAUCUAACUGUCCUGCAAGGAUCAGAAGAAUAACAGCAACACUGAUACCUGUGUAUACCUGAUUUGGCCAAUAGGUUCAACAAUGAAAACAGAGAAGAGACAGCACCAGCAGUCCCCAUUGCAGCCUCCAUCUCCUCUUCUUCCUCUGGGUGCCAAACGAUGACAAGAUGAGCUUCAUCUGACCAUUUCCUGCCCUGUUUCCUCUUCCUCUUCCCAGUUAGCAAGAUUAUAUUGAAGACCCAUGGCAUAUUUCUGUAGAACUAAGCAGCCUACAGUUGAAUACUGGCUUCUCUGGUCAUUUUCAUAUUGAGAACCAACCCCCCUCCCCCCCACCACACACACACACAUUUUUUUAAUCCCUAAUCAAAUAUCAACCUACCAACAAAUGCUGGCUGGGAAGUCUUGGGAAGUGUUACAGAAGUUUGGUGGGUUCAGUUUGUUCAUGUUCUUAUCAUGUCUCUCCUCCCUGUCUCCCACCCAUGGUUCAGUGCCACAGAGUCUGGUUUGGGGUCUUCAAAACCAGAGGGAAAUAACAAGAAAAGAGCUGCUUUCUUUUGUCCCUUGAGGUGUUUUGUGCUUGGAACCAGCACAGAUUAUACAAGUGGUAGCACUACCCUGUGACACUGUUCUGAGGUCUACUUCCCUUCCAUCCUGUGGGAGGAAUGUCUUCUGUCUUUGAUAUAAUAGUUCAUCUUCUCAUUCCUUUACUUAACAUAUGUGUGCAAAAAGUUUUAAACUCUCUACAUGAGAGGGAGUCAUCGCUAAUCAGCUGUUCUUUCCUCUUCCGUUCCUCCCUGCUUGCAUCAUGUUGCUUCCUGUCCUGUUGUACUCUGAGCACCAAGGUGAUGUCACUGCUCACAGAGAAGAACAUACCAAGUGAUAGAGCACUUUGGAUAAGACCUGAUAAUAGUGUCCUGCAGAUAAUAAUUAAGAAUGAUUUUGGAAGAGUGUUGGCCCAUUUGAGUAACUAAUGUCAGUGAUCAUUGUUUUUCAGUCCAGUGAGCAUUGUAAUAUCCCAGAUUAUAGUUCUUUACAUUUUUAGUUUGAAGAUGACUUCCUGAAUACUCUUAAAAAAACUAAACUUUUUUUUCUUUGUGGACCUAAUUUAUUUGGCUGCUGAGAUAGAUAAGCAUGGGUUUCAAAAGGUGUUCCUCCCCAUUUUCUUGCCUUUCCCCUUAUACUCUGGAUUUUUUCCUUUCUUUCCCUUCCCUCCUCCUUCUUUUCCUCCCUCACUCUCUCCUUCCUUUUUCUCUGCCAGGCCAUUUUUCAAAUACACAUCAAAGAUACCUCAAAUAUUGGUAUCUGAUAAUAUUUGUCACUCCUCUUAUCUGAGGAUUGACCUUUUAUUUUUUAAGAUGACUACAGACCUAUUUUUAGAUAUGUUUUCAGUAAAUUUUGAACAGCAACUUUUUAAUCACAUCUUCCAGUGUUAGGAAGGUAAAAAAUGUCUGUAGGCGAGUCUGCUGCUCCAUGUCACCAUUCUUUGUCUCCUGUGGUCCCUUAGCUUUUUUCUUCGGACCUCUAGUUUUGGGUGUGCAUGCUUGACGUUUGUAGUGGGUGGUUUGUAAAGCUGGACCAUUCUGCCUUGUCAUGGGUUAUUCAUGAAAGCCUCCUCCUUUUCCCUUACCCUUUGCUCUGUCAUCACCCCACCCCACCCCCGCCACCCCACUGAUUGUUGACUGGCACAGUAAUCCCAGGAGAGUGACUUCUCUCUUAGAAAGAUUAAUGCCUCUGUCCCCACAGAAAGACAAGUAGCCUCUGGUGUCCUGGGAAUUUCUGGUUAGAUUUGGUACCCCGAAUCCUUGUAUUGAGAGUUCAAAACCCAGGGUGAGAGUAACAGGCCAAUUGACUAAGAAACAAAGCUGUUUGUUUUUCUUUUGACUAUGAAAAGACCCUAUUUGCAGAUAACAUCUUAGACAAAAGAGGGAGGAUGUCUGAAAAAUUUUGUUCUGUGUUCUGCUAUAAAAUGUGAAUAUUUCAAAGAGUGAAACCUUUUGUGAUGGUUGAUGUCUCUCAGGAAUAAGCUGGACAUCCAAAGUUUUGGAGAUGCUUUCAAUCUUAGAAAUUGAUGAUCAGAAAAGUAUGUUAUGUUUGUUUGUUUACUGUAUCUCUGUUCUGAUUUUAAUUAAACUCCAAAUUUCGCUUUAUAUUCUCUUGGAAAAUCUCAAGUUGCAUUGUAAUUUGCAUAAGAAGCUUGCUGAGGACCUCUUUGUCCCCUGAGAGCAUGGUUCUUUAAGAAUGAAGCUCUCAUUCUUUCACCUUAGCCUUGGCAUUCUGUGGAAUCUGACUCUAACUACAGCUAGUUGGUCUGUCAGUGAGCAGAAGAGCGCCCCCUUCUUGAUUUUUAUUAUUACACAUGAAAACUCAGCUUUCUCACCGAACAGUAGGGAAUGGAAUUAAAACAUGACAGCUUGAGUAGUGUCACGAUACCAUUUCUCCCCCUUUUUUUUGUCAUCUUGGGGAAUCUCUGCACAUGGCCCCCUAAUCAGAAGUCUUGUUUCUAGUAUUCUGUCCGCUGUAUAGUACAACAGCAGCCCAACCCUUAGCCUUCUCUGCAAGGACUUCCUUACUGCUUGGUGUACUUUCCUGAAGGCCAUUCAUUGCUACUAGAAAUACUUUGACAUCAUCAAUUAGUGUUUUAAAGCUGAUUUCACAAGGCAACAAAUAAAUGUCCAGUAGAUGACACCUUUGUGCCCUGCCUCAUAGAAUUGUUUUCAAGGCAAGCCAGAAUCUAGUAGGUGGUUUACUUCUGGAUGUUUGGAAGGAAACUCACAGAUAAAGCACUAAAUGAACUACCCUGGCUUUUUCUUUGGGAGAGAACACCCAUAGUGUACCAUUGAAGUGAGACAAUUAUUAAAAUUUUAGUGAUCAUUUAUGUUUUUCUUUUAAGAGGAAACCAUGUUUCCGCACUUGAGAUAGUUUAUCUUAAUGAUAAAUGACCUUUUCCUCCAAAUUCCAGCAGGAGACAUGCAUUGUCAUGGUUUUAUGUUCUUUAUGGUGUGGUUUCUUGAGCUCACCACUUUCUUACUCUGUUUAAAUAGCUGUCACAUUCUCAGGAGCACAGGGUAGAGAAACUGGCUUCUAGGUAUUAGGCUUCCAUGCCAAGAAUUUUGUCCUUCCACCUCUAUUAUCUAUUAUGAUGUAACAAAUUACCCCUGAAUUUAAAAUCUUAAAAGAGCAAACAUCAUCUGUUAGUUUCUAUAGGUUAGGAAUUUGGAAACAGCUUAGCAUCUUGGUUCUGGCACAGGGGUCUCAGAGAGUUGCAGUCAAGAUGCUGGCAGGGUGUGCGGUCAUCUGGGGCUGGAGAAUCCACUUCUAAGCUCCCUCUCUUUGUGGCUGUUGGCAGACUGCCUCAGUUUCCCCCAUGUGGAUCUCUGUGUAGCGCAUUGUGAGUGUCCACACACCAUGGCAGCUGGCUUCCUCCUGAGUGAUCCAGGGGGAAGGGGACACAAGGAGGAAUUUGCAGUGCCUUUUAUGACAGUUUUUGAAAGCAUAUACCUUCACUUGUUUAUUCUGUUCCUUAGAAGCAAGCCACUAAGCCCAGCCUGCACUCAAGGGGAGAAUUAGACCCUACCUACUGAACAGAACAGUAUCAAAGAUCUUAUGGAUAUAUUUCAAAACCACCUCACCCCCAACAGAGGAUGAAACCAGGCCAAUGCGAGUGGGGGGUAUGUUUAAACUAGGUGAUAUAUUGAGAGAUAUGUUGCUACUGAAAAGUUCUUGGAGAUGUGUGUCACCAGUACAGACUUUGUUUCCUGACAGCUACCUGCUGGUUUUGAGAAGGGUGGCAGGAAGUGGCAGUUCCCAGCAGAACAUAAUACCUAUACACUUGCCUGACUACCAGAAGCCCAAAGAUGCUGCUUUGUAAGUUCUAUGCUUGGUGUCCGUAAGACUCAAUACCACUUACAUGCUAUUCCCCCAGUCAGGAUUUGAUAAAGGGAAUUGGAUCCUUGUAGCUGGUCCACUAAAGCUGACAAUUGGAGUCAGGGUUGUCUAGCAAAGAGAGCAAACAUGAAUUAGAUAUUUGGUUCCUGAGCUGAAGAAAAGCCAUACGAGAAUUCAUCUUGUAUGGAUUGCACUUGGCCUCUUAACCAGCAUUUUCUUAUCUGUAGCCCUGCUUGCUUUUAAGUUCAGACUCUGGGUGAAGUAGCCUCUGAACCAGGUCCACUGGAGUCGAUGCUUGACACCUGGUCUUCAGCUACACCAGCUGAAACAGACUUGGGUCAGGUGUCACCCAGGAAGCUACUUGUUAAAAUAGGAAAUAUCUGGGAAUUGGAAAUGUCUGUGCUUGAUUGUUCCUUAAAGUCCUGUGUUACAGGUUAACUCUGUGUGCCUACCUAGUCCUGGGCCUCCUGAUGAAGAUGGGUUUUUUUAAGAGAGCCAGUCCUGUCUUCACCCUUGAGAGAGACUUAAGUGAGGCCUGUCAUUUCAACAGAUUCUUAGUGAAUGUCUGCUGUGUUUGUGGCACCCCUGCCCAACCAAGUUUUUUGGAUUUCAUACUUCUCAAAGAUGCAGAUUCUUGUCUGAAUUUACACUCUGCCUCUUACCAGCAUUUUCUUAUCUGUAGCCCUGCUUGCUCUGGAGUAGACUUGAAUGAAAAGCAUUGUUACUGAGGAAGCUAUAAGAAAAAGGUAUUUCUUCCCGAAGUAAGGAGCUCAUCUUUAAAGCACCUGCUGGUUUUGAGAAGGUACUUGUCAAAAUAGGAAACAUCUUGCUUUUCCUUCUGAUUUUAAGGUGGAGUCAACAUAAGAUGAUGACCAUAUUUGUUGUUUGGGUUACCAGCUCUUUGGGAUUCUCAGAACUUACCUUCUCAAUUCAAGCAUUUCCAUUAGAAUACAGUCUGCUAGAUUUGUAUGGGGUUUGCUCCCAGAGUCCAUCAUUCAGUUAGUAUGUGUUAAGCACCUGCUUUGAAUCAAAGCCACUGGUGUAAGGGGCUCAUCAUGUUGGCAGCAAUAUCCCAGAAACAACCUUUUUCUAUUCUCCCCAUCUUGGAUCCUCAAUGGAGUAUCAAGUAUCUUGGCUGCUUGAGCCAGGGCUCUUAGCCCUUUGCAUUUCCCUUUAAGAGGAGGCCCCGUGCCUUUAUUUGGGUCAGAACUUUCUCUUCUUGGCUUGUUUCUGAACUAUAUGCCUAUGGGCAGCUGUUUAUUAAUCUGCGAAACCCAAUCACCCACCCGUGACCUCUGCGAGGAGGGCAGUAUUUGUUUUAAGGAAGCAUUGUUUCUUUGGGAGGACAGUUUCUGUCUGGACUUGAAGGGGUGUAGUUACCACACUAUCCCCCAAGUUCUUUACCUCUCAGCUUUUAAGAAAAGAUGAAAUCAGAUUUUGAGGCAAUUGGGUCUCGGUUCUUUAGAAUGUUUAUACCCCAGUGACAGUUCCUGUUCUGGUAAUGAUUUUCCAGUUGAGUAUUGAGUUUCCUUGAGGCUAGCUCACAGACAUUUUUUACAAGACUAAGGAUGAUUGAUACAGACCAAUUUAUUUUCAAGCAAUCAUUCAUGUCUCCUUUCUCUCCUAGAAUUUACAUUUAUUUCUUUGUGCUGGUCCUAGAAGUCGAUAUUUUUGGCAAAGCUUAGAUUGAGGAGAAGUCUUUCAAGGCUUUGUUCAGACGGUCUGUGGUUUCUCUUUGCUUAACCUCUGCCUGCAACCCUGGCAGACCAUACUGUAUGGAUGCCUGCUGGAAAAUACUGAGAUGAAAACACAUUUUCAGGGGUAUUUAAACUCUAAUUCUGCCACCUUUCUGUGAGUGGGAGGCUGGCUGAGAGAUGCUGCAAUGCUCGAUAAUCAUUUGGCUACACUGAAAUAUGCAAAGGGAACUCUUGCCAGUGCUUAAAACCAGAAUUCCCGGACACUUCAAACUUAGAAAAUUCCAUGACUCUAGCACAGAAUAUCUAUAUUUGCCCCAUUAUAAUCUUUUUUUUUAUUAUUUUAUUUAAGGCAAAAACCCUAGCCCCGACCAAGGGUAAUUUUUACUUGAAACAGAAGAGUAGGGGAGGAGCACUGUAGAGAUAAGGGACAAGUUGUACAUACGGGUGAGCCAUUCUGCUCCUACUGUGUGUCCAAGUCACUGAGUACUGGGAGCCAGUGCCUUUCCUCGCCUGAAGAUGGAGCCCAUCUCCCUCCAUCUGGUGAGGAGACCUCUGCCACCCAGGGGGAAACCUUAAAGGUGGCUCAGAGAGCCUAUUGGACACUCAUAUUCAGGUGUCCAUUUUAAGCAUCUUUAAAAUAUUUUAUAUAUUGAAAAAUGCCCUUCUCUGUCUUAGUGACACCAGUGGCCCAGUUCCAACCAUUCUGAAUGGAAAAGCAGAGACUGCCAGUUCUUUCUUUGAUCUUCCUUUCAUCCCCCUUGAUGUGGUUGUUCCCUGACCCCUCUCAUCCAUUUCACUGUCAUGGAUGGAUAGCAGAGGGCACCGUGUAGUCCUGAGGCAGUCCUGUGUGAUUCUGUGAUCAGGUUUUUUUCUUUUUUUGGUCUAACUUGUCUUUCCAAACCAGCAGGUGUUUGGAAAUUAGAGGAAAAAAUAAAUUUUCACCAAUGGUUGCUGUUAUAGUUAAUCAAUAAAGAUCUUGAAUAUUAA